AUGGGAGAUCGCGCUCAACGCCGGCCGUCUGGGCUGCGAGCUGCGGCCAAUGUUGCGCCAUGGGUUCUGUUGACUGCAGAGUCCACUGCAUUUGUGUUGCUAGCUCAUUAUUCUCGAGUCAUGCCACCCGCCGGUGGUAAACGCUACCUGACCUCUACAGCAGUCUUCUUAGUCGAAGUGGUCAAGCUGGCCAUCUCCCUCACAAUGGCACUCUACGACGUCUCCAAAACCGCACCACCCUCAAUGCCCGCCACCUCCCUCUUUUUCUCCCUCACAAGCGCCGUGUUCUCAGGCGACAGCUGGAAACUCGCUAUCCCUGCCGGGCUCGACGUCUUGUCCAACUCCCUGCUGUACAUUGCGCUCUCGAACCUACGAGCUGCGUCGUUCCAAGUUACAUUCCAGCUGAAGUUCCUUACCACUGCGGUCUUUGGUUUGAUGCUUCUGAGACGGAGCAUCCCUCCCCGCAAGUGGGGCCUGCUUUUGCUUCUCAUUGUGGGCGUGGCGUUGGUGCAGAUCCCCGAUGCUAGCCCGGAGCAGAUGUUGCAGGAUGAUCAUACUAGCCAUUAUUUCCCUCGAUCCCUGGAGGAAUGGAAGGCUGUCAAGCAAGGUGCUGGUUCUGGCAGCAGUUUGCAAAAGCGGUCUGCAACAUACGAGGGCAUCGAAGAGGACAUCCUGACGGCUGACCCACACUUGAACCCCACAAUUGGUCUCCUUGCGACCAUCGGAGCAUCUUUAGCUUCUGGGCUUGCGGGGAUUUAUUUCGAGAAAGUCCUAAAGGACAGCUCGAACCAUAUCUCGUUGUGGGUCCGCAAUGUGCAAUUAGCCGUCUACUCCGUUUUCCCGGCUCUCUUCAUUGGGAUUGUCUUCCGGGAUGGCGAAAAGAUCGCUGAAGAUGGUUUCUUCCAGGGCUACAAUUGGGCGGUGUGGUCUACCAUCAUCCUCCAGGCCUUGGGUGGUAUCGUUUCUGCAUUCUACGUCAGCCACGCGCAGAAAGAUGCAAGGAGUUUCGCCACAACUGCCAACAUAAUUUUGAGCAUUGUGGGAAGCAUCUGGCUAUUUGAAUUUGAGGUCAAUGCAAGUUUCCUCCUGGGCUCGGCUGCAGUCCUGGUAGCAACUCACUACUAUGGGAAUCCCACCUUCAGCCCUGUCAUGGGUGCCUUGCGUCCGCCUCCAAUCCGCAUCGACGCCUACGAAAAGGACCCCGCAGGUGACGAGGGCUCCCCCGUGGUGCCUUCCAAUGACUUCUCUAUCAAACUUCCAACCUCACCUUUCCUCUCUGACGGCAUGUCGUCGUCCCGUCCCACCUCACCAGCACCAGGCCAUACCAGAGUAAGCUCUAGCCGGAAUACAAGCGCGAACUAUUUCGAUGAGAAAUGA